GCGGAAACAAAAGAGUCUCGCCGGCGUCCCCGCCCGCACACUCGCGCACACUCGCGCUCGGGCGCCCUAGGAACAGGCACCGGCGCCCAGAGCGAGCCAGAGAGCGGCGAGCCGGGGAUCUACCCGGCUGAGCCAGCCGAGGAGCCGGCGAGCCGAGCCCGCGACGACCCCACGCCCCCAAUCCCCGCAGCCGCCCCCAGCCGGCCGGUAUCCCCGCCGCCCUCCCUGACCCAUGGCGCUGAAGCGGAUUCAGAAAGAAUUGAGUGAUCUACAGCGCGACCCACCUGCUCACUGUUCGGCUGGACCUGUGGGAGAUGACUUGUUCCACUGGCAAGCAACUAUUAUGGGGCCCCCUGAUAGCGCAUAUCAAGGUGGAGUCUUCUUUCUCACUGUACAUUUUCCGACAGACUAUCCUUUUAAACCACCAAAGAUUGCUUUCACAACAAAAAUUUACCAUCCAAACAUAAACAGUAAUGGAAGUAUUUGUCUUGAUAUCCUGAGGUCACAAUGGUCACCAGCUCUGACUGUAUCAAAAGUUUUAUUGUCCAUAUGUUCUCUGCUUUGUGACCCUAAUCCAGAUGACCCCUUAGUACCAGAUAUUGCACAAAUCUAUAAAUCAGACAAAGAAAAAUACAACAGACACGCAAGAGAAUGGACUCAGAAAUAUGCAAUGUAAAAUCAAAAAAAAUUUCAUAUAUACCAGAGUACUGUAAAAUCUAGGUUUUUUUCAACAUUAGCAGUAAAUCGAGCACUGUUUACUGUUUCAUUGUACCAUGAAAUCCUUUGAUUUUUACCCAUUUUAAAUGUAUUUCUGAAGCAAGACAAAACAAACUUCCAAAAAUAUUCUUGAGACUGUGAUGAGAGCAUUUAUCAUUUUGUAUGCAUUGAGAAAGACAUUUAUUAUGGUUUUUAAGAUACUUGGACAUCUGCAUCUUCAGCUUACAAGAUCUACAAUGCAUCUGAAAAGCAACCAAAUUAUUUUUUGCUGAAACUAGAUGUUUUUACAUGAAAAAUACUGUAUGUGUUGUCUAAGAUGUCGUCAGUUAUAUAAAUCUGUAUUCAGAUUUCAUUCUUUGUUAGCUCACUUUAUAAUUUGUAUUUUUUUACUGUAUAGACUAAAUAUAUUCUAUUUACAUGUAUGUCAACUCGUUACUUUUUUCCUGUGAACAGUAUUGAAAAAACCCAACAGCUGAUAAUGAAAUGAAUUAACUGUCCGUCUCCCUUGUCUUAGGGUAUUCUGUAGAUUGAUUGCAGAUUUCUUAAACCUGAAAUGAUCUUUACACUGUAAUUCUCAGUAUACUGAUUAUGGAGAAACACUUGUUUUGAUUUUGUUAUACUUGACUUAACUUUAUUACAAUGUGAAUUAAUUGCACUGCUAAGUAGGAAGACGUGUAACUUUUAUUUGUUGCUAUUCACAUCUGAAUUUUUUUCUGUAUAGGCAAUAUUAUAUUGACACCUUUUACAGAUCUUAAUGUAGCUUUUUCCAUUUAAAUAAAAUGCUUUUUCUAA